GUACCGGUAAAGGCUGUGAGCCGUGUUUUGUCCCUCUUGAAUACUACUCGUUUUACAAAGGUGUCAUCAUGUCCAAACAGCCUUUGGGGAAGACAUUACUGAGGAAUGUAAUCCGACACACAGAUGCCCACAACAAGAUCCAGGAGGAGAUGGAGAUGUGGAAAAUGCGCGGCUGGGAGGUCCAAAUGUCCCACCACAAUCACUUGUCCGGUACGGAGAGAGUGAGGGGGCGAAUGCACUGUGAUCGAGUGCCAGAUCAACCCAGGGAGCUGAGUCAAAGCAGAGUUUCCGAACAUGAUGACAGAGAGGCUCGAUACUGGACUCGCAAACUGUAUGACUUCGAGUCCAAUGACCCUGACAGGUGGGGACAUAGUGGCUUCAAGGAGCUUUAUCCAGAGGAGUUUGAAAGUGACGGGGAAAAAAGUAGUGCCACAAAGAAGAUCGGGCGCCACAAAUUGAAAAAAUCUAAGUCCGACACCGAGGCAAGCUUAGCGAAACAAUCCAAAAAAAGAAAGAAGAAAAAGAAGAAGAAGAAGAAAGAUGAGGAGGACAGGCGUAAAAGAACAGAGAGCUCGAGCAGCAGUGAUGACAGCGGUGCUAUCAAAGACAAGCAGAGGAGGAAGAGGACUAAAAGUCGACAUAAAAACAAGAAAAAAGCCAAAACCAGGGGGAGAGACGAGGACAGCAGCUCAGGGGACAGUAACGACGAAGAAGAAAAGGAGAGACGGACUCACAGUCGCAAAAAGCGAAAGCAGGACUCCCACAGAGACUCAGACUCAUGGUCGAAGUCAAAGAAGAAGAGGAGGAAAAACUGGAAAGCAGCAGGUGAGGAGAGCUCACGCGAUAGUUCUGGAGACUAAGAUGUACAGACACGAUCAGACCCACAGCUCAGGUAACGACCAAGAAAGCUACAAAUGAUUCCUUUGUUCGCCUCAACUUCGCAGAGGGCUUUUCUCUGCAGGGCCGUUCUGUAUCGCGCUUUGUUAGACAUCAACAAACAUGCGCCCGUUGAUCCUCUCUGUGGGCGCCGUGUGCAGCGAUACCUCACCCACCUCUGCAGAAGCACGCUGCACGGCAGAACAGACAGCGUGGAGAGGGAUGCUGGGGUAUGCACCACCUGCCUCAUGAAGAAUUCUGUUGGCUGCAGGCUCAUUGAUUCGACUCUCGCCUCAGACUGUCUGCCUCACGAGGAGACCUGUCCUGAGUCGACCGCUGCUUUUUCUAGUACGUUUUAUUUAAGAGGAAGAAAAGACAUUAAUUAUACAGCUCUCCCCAGCAGUUAUGAUGAAAUGUGCAUUUGCUUUUAUUCAUUUUUUUUUCUUAGUUUUGUAAAUUUUAAUAUUUGUAUGCAGCACGUUGUCAUUGGUGAGAAACAAUUCUAUUUUUAGAAAUAUUUCUUAUUUUAAAAUUGUUUUUUUUAAACAAUAACUCUGAUGAUACUGUGUUUUUCUUAUUGUCAACAAAUCCCACUGAAAGACCAAAACCAACGGCGAAUGUAUCAGAAUAACAAGUAUUAUCUAUGUGGCAAAAAGCCUGGUGUAGCUGAGAGACUGUACAAAAAGUAUUGGUGGAAAAAGGAGGUCAUUACAUCAUUACUGAAAUUAUAAUUUUCCUUUUGCUGAAGGUAGUCUGACUUGGAUUUUUUCCCUUUACAAUACAGUGAAUUCACAUAAAAAAGUCAAUUUUUACAUGUUUCACUAAUGUGCAGUGUGUUAGGGCUUUAUUAAUGGCACACAAUAGAAGUUCCAUUAAGACAUUAAGUUUUGAACUGGACUACACGAUGAGACAAAUUGCACCAAUUUAAAGCUUAUAUUAUUUUGACAUGUGGAGAUGGUGCUGCAGUUUUACCUAAGAUCAAAGAAUAGUAACCAGAGGAGGGUGAAAUUAUUUUCAUACAGUUCCUUAUUACUCUGUGCCAAAAUGAUUAGAAACACAUCAAUGUGUCUGGGUGACAUGUAUAAACAAAGAAUAAUGAAUAUCAGCAGCCUCAUGCUUGAACAGAAAUAGUUACAUACAACCCCAAUUCCAAAAAAGUUGGAUCCCUGUUUAAAACCCAAAUAUAAACAAAAUGCAGCCUUUUGCAAACUGUUUACAGACGACAGUUUCACUGAGUGUUCCCGAGCUCAUGCUCCUCAAAGGACCGAGCCUUUCCAGGACGCUCUUUUCAUAUUCAAUCAUGAUACUAUCACCUGUCACCAAUCAACCUGUUUACCUGUGGAAUGAUCCAAACAGGUGUUUUUGGAGCGUUCCACAACU